AUGAGUACAAGUACCGAAGUUCCCGACGCCUGGGAUGCUGACUGGGAGUCUCAAGCUGAUGUAAACCCUCUCCCGAUCCCUUCCACCCAAUUUUCCCUUGCCGGAAGAAUCAAGGCAGAAGUUGAAGAUUUGAUGGCUGAUACCUCAGACUUGCAGAAGCUCGCGGAUCAACCCAACCCAGCACCCGAGAAAAAGAUCUCCUCGAAAGUCACCAAAGCCCAGCGAAGAGCGCAACAAGCAGAGUUUAAUCGGCAACUUUGGGCGGAAGCAGAAGCCCCGCAGACGUUCCACUAUAUCGAAGCCCGCUCAGAAGUACCACUGAAGCAAGAUUUCAAACCAACGGUCACUCUUCUGAGUCGAAGACCACAAAUCGCCACACGGCAAUCCAAUGGCCGCGGUGGCGUAGAUGGAGCGACAGCUGGCCUUGGGCAACUCGGCUUGGAUGAUGACGGUGAUUCGGACGAGGACCGCAGCAAACAACGUCAGCCAACCUUUGAGGAACGGCAAGCGAUAGCCCUCAAGAACCGCGAAGAGAAGCAGAGGAAGUACGAAGAAGUUCGUGAACGACUUUUCGGAAGCCCUUCCGCGCCGACAUCUGGCAAUUCCACGCCAAGGAGCACAACCCCGCCCCGUCAGAACCAGUCGGCGGAGGGGCGAAGCAAGGGCAAAGGCCGGGGCGGGCAGCGAGACUACAGAGAGAAGAGGGACUCUUCCUCAAUGUCGACUAAGUCUAGACAGCAACUCUAUGACCCUGCGAGUCCGAAUCGGUCAAAUGGUGAAUCGCCUUUUCAGCGGGAUCGCUCUCAGGGAGACAGAGUCGACCUCGAGAAGUCACAAACACCUCAACAGCCAAUUCGAACUCCCCGUGGCCCAGAUGCUAGUGGGAGAGGAGGAUUUGGAUUCGCUCUUCGCGGUGCACGCGGGGGCUAG